UCAACAUUGAGCUCCAUUGUCAUGUAUCAUCGUCUGCAGUCUUUACAAUAAACCGGAUUUCCAAAAGCCCCACCCUGCGUCGUUGACUGCAGGGGACAAGCUGAAGCCACCUAGGUGCAGUGUCGUCUCCUUUGUGGUCUCUCCGCAGGCUAUAAAGGCCUGGGACGGGGUCCCUGGGUAUCUCUCCGGCCCUCCCCUCUCUCUCCGUCGCUCUCCCUCUCUCGCCCAGCAUGAAGCUCCCUCAGCUGUUGGUCCUGGUGGUGGCGGGCCUGUCCUACGCUCGUGGCUCUGACCGGAGAUCUCUUCACCAGUUCCGGGCCAUGAUAAUGUGUGUGAUGCCUGACAGCUGGCCGAUGAUGGACUACACUGACUACGGUUGCUACUGCGGCCUGGGGGGUUCCGGGGCCCCAGUAGAUGACUUGGACAGGUGCUGCCAGGUCCAUGACCAGUGCUACAGUGACUCCAUGCAGCACGAUGAAUGCUGGCCCAUCUUCGAUAACCCUUACACCGAACACUACUUCUACGACUGUAAAAACCAUGAGGUCACCUGCAGCGCAAGAAACAACGAGUGUGAGAGGUUCAUCUGUGAGUGUGACAGGAAGGCCGCAGAGUGUUUUGCCCGCUCCACAUGGAACCCAGAGCACGAGCACCUGCCUGGGAAACAUUGCAAAUAAAGGCCCCUGCUUUCUGAAGGCCGGCUACACCAUCAACCCUAUACAGCCUGCUGCUUGGCACGCUGUGUCGAAGCUAGCUGUAAAUAAAACACCAUGUCGGAAAAAACUGUGAAUUAAUUAAACGUGUAUUAUGGGUUUAUAUUUGUGCUGUAGGAUGCUACAUCCAAAGUCAAAGGAGUAUUGUUAAAUUUGAUUUAUACCAAAAACUAUGAAUGUGUGGCUGGUAUUAAAGGUUUUCUUUCACUUAUCUUUAGUUUCUUUCUCUUUUCAUUUUAAUUUCAGUAUUUGUUCAUUCAAAACGUAAGUGCUGCUCACUCACAGGAGCAGGAGUACAUAAUUGAAUGGCAUCUAGCCACGUUCCCACGCCAUCAACACACCCUCCUCCAAAAGAAACUAUCGCUCUCACACUCUCAUUCUUACUCUCUGUCUCUCUCUCAAUCUCUGUCUCUGUCACUCUCUGU